GAACACCUGGCAAAAGAAAUAAAAGAUCAAGCAAGCAUCACAAGUUUGCGUUUCGUUUAUUUUCUAAGCGGUGUGUGUUGGUCGACACGUCCUUACGGUGCCGCCGGAUGACCUUGUGCCGGCACAACUGAACUUUUUCGGCACCCCAUGAGUCGGCUGACGACCUGACCAACUCAAUUUCGUCGCCUAAUCGAAGGAGGUCGAUGGAAAUCUGGCCUGUCAUCGUUGCGACGAGCAGCAACAAGUAGCGCGGCGGCCCACUUAGCCGAAUGCUCGAUUCGCCGACGCAAUCGACACCAUGGAACUGACCGACGUUGAUUCGUGUAUUAAGGACUGGGAUGACCUUUUCGCCGAAUACAAAAACCUUGAGACGCUGAAUAAGCAAUACGUUGCCAAACUCGAGGAAGUCGGAGAACUGCAGGGAAAAUGCAUGAAGGAGAUCAGUCACCAACGAUACCGCAUCGGUGUCAUGAAAAAUACCCUGAAAAAAUUGGAUGAUGAUCCAAGCAAUAAGGCAGCUGUCGAGCAACUGGAGAAAAAUAUUAUGAUCAGAAAGGCUCAACUUUAUGAUAUGGAAGAAUCACUUCCAAAGUCAAAUAGCCUGUACUUGAAGAUAAUCCUUGGAAAUGUCAAUGUCUCUAUUUUGAACAAAGAAAACAAGUAUAAAUAUAAGGAGGAAUACGAGAAGUUUAAAUUAGUUCUAAGUGUCAUUGGGUUUGUUUUUUCUGUUUUCAAUCUUCUGGUUAAUGCAAGAGCUCUGGAGCUGGCAUUUAUUUUUCUCUUGGUCUGGUACUACUGCACCCUGACCAUUCGAGAGAGCAUUCUGAAGGUGAACGGCUCUCGAAUUAAAGGCUGGUGGCGGAUACACCACUUCAUUUCGACAGUUGCUGCCGGCGUCUUGCUCAUUUGGCCCAACACGUCUACCUGGUUCCAAUUCCGCACCCAAUUUAUGUGGUUUAACCUUUACAUCAGUGUUGUGCAGUACCUCCAGUUUCGUUACCAGCAAGGUGUUCUCUACAGACUGCGCACUCUUGGUGAGAGGCACAACAUGGACAUUACCAUUGAGGGGUUCCACUCCUGGAUGUGGAAGGGACUCAGUUUCCUCCUGCCUUUCCUUUACAUAGGCUACGCCUUCCAGUUCUACAAUGCCUACGUUCUCUUCUUCCUCAGCUACCAAGAGGACGCCACCUGGCAGGUUCCAAUGCUAAGUGCCCUAUUCUUCAUGCUCUUCAUGGGAAAUUUGGUUACCACAUCCAUGGUGAUUCCUCAAAAACUACAAGAGCGAUCCAAGUUACGAUACAGGUUUAAGCGAAAUGGAAACAAUCACAGGGAAGAGGAAAAGAGUGAUUAAUUUUUGAAAGUAAUUUUUGUAAUCGAAUUUAAAUUUCAAUGAUUGGUUUGAAAGAUGGUAGAGAAGUUUUAGAAGGCUUGUCUGUAUAUGCAAGAAUUUGUUGGUAAAGGCUUAUUAGCUCUAUGUUGAGUUUCUUGCUUCAUAAACAAGACAAGAUUUCUAGACCAACGGUACGAUUUUUUUAUGGAGAAUGAAUAAAUAUUGAUGUUGCCAAAAUAAUAUUUUUGUCCAUCAUUUAAAUAU